UUUAUCCCUUUUGUGCUUGGAACAAGGCAUCCUUGAUGAUAUUUUUAUAUUAGGGUUUACAUUGUGCAGUGAGGUGUCUCUUUGCAUUUUGCAAUUUUUGUUUGGACACAUUUUUUGUUUGCAUAUUCAAACCUUGUAUUAGUUAACUUAGCUUGUAAAUUUAAUAAGCAAGGCCAUGAAAAUCAUAGGCAGCAUUUUGAUGGAAAGCACCUGGGCAGAAAAGGGCCUGUGGUCCCCUGGACCACCAAGCUGACCAGGAGCCACCAGAUGAUGGAGAAGGAAGACUUGCUCACCAUAUGAUGAUCGACAAGUCUCGUCUUUAUUCCCGAAUCACCGAUUAUUAUACACCUUUUAAUUAGCUCAUGCAUAGUGCAAAAUCCCAGCUCACCAUUGGCUAAUUAGUUAUCAGCUAUCUACGUGCUGUUUUGGUAUAACUACUUAUUACUUUCCCAGGCUGUCCCGCUCCACCACCUGUCUCUGUGUAUUUCUUCAUCCGUGGGCCAAGGACACAGUUUAAUUGGAAUGGCAACUCCCCUCAUUCUCUAUCUUUGUCAAAUUAAUCUCACUGUGAGCUUUAGCUCGGAGCCAGCUUGUUACAAAGCUCUCAACAACCAGAUGCCCUCACAGCCUAUAGAGCAUGGCCUGCAAGUUCAUGGGGGGUGAUCUUUGCCCACCACUCAGCACUGGUGAGACACACCUGGAGGGCUGGUUCUGGAAUCCCAGGAUGAGGGAGGCGUGUCCAUACUGGGGCAAGUCCAGCAAAGGGCCACUAAGCAAGUGCCACACCAUAGAGCUGCAGUCAUCCUCACAGACUUUAAUUUCUGAAACAUCCUUUCAGCAGAGCAGGGAAUUCUGUGGUGUCUUGACAGCAGGGACAGGUGAGUUUUGUGCCUUCUCUACUGCACCAGUUCUGUCCCACCAUGUCUGUGCUUGUUUGUCUGCUAUAGUUCAAAAAAUUAUUUACAGGGUUAACCCAGCUGUAGUGUGUGGAGGGUGGUGAAUGUAAAGGGGUCUGUAAAAGGCAGGGUGAGCUGGGUUUUGCUUCCUCUAGCACUAGCAGCACAUGCUGGCAUUUCUGUGUGGGAGGAGAAAACUUUACCACAAUCCAGAGCUGAUCAUUUGUGUAUUGGCUGCCUCUCCUCUGUCCCCCAAGUCCCAGUGCCUUCCAUUACGAUGCCUCCCAGUGCCUCUAAGAAGCCAUGAGAAGUUCCAUAUGUGAUCCAGGUGCAGUGAUCAAGGGAGAAAUGACAAAUGCGAUUGUGCCAGCUGAGUUCCCUGUCCUGUUCAUGGUUUGUUUGGGUUCCUCCUCCCAGAGUUAUUUGCAUAUGUUUCAUGUUCAGAAUGACUGGAAAUUCUAGAGGGUGACAGAUGAGUUCUCGAAUGGUGUUCCCAGAGUUUGUUGUGCAUCGCUAUGUAGGUGGGACACACACCUAUGAAGGAAGGCUCAUAUUCUGCUGCCUCAUCUGUCAGGUUUUUUCUUUCCUUCCCUUCAGGCUGUCUCGGGAGAGCGGGCUCUGGCUGGAGAGAGAAUGCUUAGGACGCCCAGCUGCCUCCUAAAAGUGACCAGGGUGGUGCUGAGCCACAGGCUCUGUGCCCUGUUUAUCCUCAUCUUUGUGUUCGUAUCCUUUGCCUACCACAAGUUGUACUGGGGCAGCUGGGAGGACCCAAAGAGCAGCGGCCCCACCUACAGCUUGUCUGCUGAGAUCAGCUGUGCUCACUACGUGCCUUCUCCCCUUGACAUUGCUGGUGGACCUUCCACAGGAAAGGUGUUUUUUGUGGAGACCUCGGAGCAAACUGCCCCAGGUUACCUGUUCUCGUGCUCUGUGGAGUCAGCGGCCAGGACACACCCCACAUCAAGGGUCAUGGUGCUCAUGAAAGGCGUGGCCAAAAGGAACGCCUCCUUGCCCAAGCACUGGGCUUUCUCCUUGCUGAGCUGCUUCCCCAACGUGGAAAUCCAGCCCCUGGACUUGACAGAGCUCUUUUCUGGAACACCUCUGGCACAGUGGUUCCUGCAGCCUCAGCGGCAGCAGGAACCUCAUUUUUUACCGGUCCUCUCUGACGCCUGCAGAAUUGUCCUCAUGUGGAAAUUUGGUGGCAUCUACCUGGAUACAGACUUCAUUGUGCUUAAGAACUUGCAGAACCUCACCAAUGCCCUUGGCAUUCAGGGUGACGGUGUACUGAAUGGAGCCUUUCUAUCCUUUAAAGCUAAGCACAAGUUCAUGGAACUUUGCAUGAGGGACUUUGUGGAGGACUACAAUGGCUGGGUCUGGGGGCACCAGGGCCCAGAGCUCCUAACUCGUGUCUUCAAGAAGUGGUGCUCCAUCCGGACUAUCAAGAGCAUGAGCUGCAAAGGUGUGAGUGCUCUUGCCCGAGAAGUUGUUUAUCCUAUUCCCUGGCAGGACUGGAAGAAGUUGUUUGAGGCAGUCAGUGCCUCGGAGCUUCAGAAACUCCUUAAGAACACCUAUGCAGUGCACAUAUGGAACAAACUGAGCCACGGGACCAAGUUAGAGAUCCCCUCCCAGGCUCUGCUGGCUCAGCUCUAUUCCCAGUUCUGCCCUGCCACCUAUGCAAAGAUGAAACAGGACUCUGAAGAGUUGUCAAAGCGUGCAGUGUGACCUGGGGGCCCAUGGCUGCAGGGAUGUUCCCCAGGCUGAAGGAAACCGAGUGCCUUUGACCUUCCCCAGAGUUGGUUUCUAGUCCGCAGAGCAGGUGUUCUGUGUGACAGCUCUGUGGUUUUGUACCUGAUAUUCCUGAUAUCUGCCUCAGAUCCUUUGUGUUUCAAAUUUACAGCAGUACCUGACUUCAGCCUCUCUUGCUGUCCUCCACAAGACUUGUCACUGCAGGGAAGAUUGAACCCAUUCAUCAGCAUCCCUCAGCUGGUCCUCUCUUGGUGUUCUCCAAUGGCUCCUCCGGUGACGCCCAGCCUGAGCAGCCCCUUGUGAUGUUUCAACAGCUGUAGGAAUCCCUGCUUUGCUCUCUGUGGCAUUUUUGAAUUUGUGAAUGACUACCAGGCAGUGCCAAAGGGCACAGAUUGCUGGGGCUUGGAACAGAAUUCCCUGGCAGGCAAAGAUCCUUACAUGUGGGGAAACACAUGAUGAGUAUAUGAAAUUUACUUUAAGAAGCAGAAAAGAGUUUAGAUCCCAGUGUGUCUCAGUGUGAAGUUGUUGUAAACUUCUGCAGUGUGAAAAGUUCCACUGAUGCUCCCUACUGUUUUUAAAUCCACAGCAGUGGGAUGACUUGUCUCAGACUCCUCUGGAAAAUAAAUAGACAAAAGCAGAUCUUUGAGGAGCAGAAGUUAUGAAUAUCCUUGCUCUGCUGAAGUAGUUCUUGUAGGAUACCAACAUCUAAGCAACCAUUGUCACACUCUGAAGGGGCUCAGCAUUUCCUGCUUCUGCAGUUCUGUGGGGAGGAUUACAUCCUUUUCAUUGGAAUACUGAACACAAUGUGGAAGUCCAGAAGGCAACAUGUCCACAUCAACAGAAGGACCAGAUGCAGGACUCAGAGCGGUGUCCCCAGGAACAAAAAUAAAAAAUCAGAAGUACAUGAAUUUUGGAAAAGACCUCUAAGAUCAGGGAGUCCAACCUUCAAUUCAGUAUCACCAUACCCACAGGCCUUUUAUCCCAAAGUGCCAUGUGUACUUAUUUUUUGGAACACUUCCAGGCAUAGUGACUCCACCACUUCCCUUGGGAGCCUGUGGCACACAGUUCUUAAGCACUCUGAAAUUCUUGUAUCCAACUGAACCUACCAUGGUGCAGGGAGUUCUGCAUUCAGCUCUGGGAUCCCAGCACAGGAAGGGAGCUGCUGGAGCCAGGCCAGAGCAGGGACACCAAGGGCAUCAGAGGGAUGGAGCAGCUCUGCUGGGAGGAAAGGCUGAGGGAAGUGGGAGUGUUCAGCCUGGAGAAGAGAAGGCUUUGGGGUGUGACCUCAGUGUCGCCUUCCAGUGUCUGAAGGGAGCUUAAAGGAAAGAUGCAGAGAGACUCUUGACAAGGGCCUGGAGUGGCAGGACGAGAGGGAAUGGCUUCACACUCAGAGAGAGCAGGUUUAGGUUGGAUAAUGAGGAAGAAAUUCUUGCCUGUGAGGGUGGUGAGGCCCAGACACAGGUUGCCACUAGCAGCUGUGGCUGUCCCUGGAUCCCUGGAAGUGUCCAAGACCAGGUUGGACAGGGAUCAGAGCAACCUGGAAUAGUGGAAGGUGUCCUUCGCCACAGCAGGAGGGGUGGAACAAGAUGAUCUUUAGCGUCCCUUCCAGCUCAGGCCAUUCUAUUGAUUUCCCCUCAUCCUGUCCCUUGGAUCCCCUGGGAGCAGAGCCUGACCCCCACCUGGCUGCAGCCUCCUUUCUGGGAGGUGUGGAGAGCAACAGGGCUCUCCUGAGCCUCCUUUUCGUCCAGGUUAAACACCCCAGCUCCCUCAGCUGCUCCUCAUCAGACUUGUGCUCCAGCCCCUUGCCCAGCUCCAUUCCCUCCUCUGGACACACUCCAGCCCCUCAAUGUCCAUCUUGCAGUGCCAAAACCAGGACAGGAGGUGGCCUCACUGGGGUGACACCUCCCCAGUACCCAUGACAGGGGGACAGUCACUACCCUGGUCCUGCUGGCCUCACCAUUGCUGACCCAGCCCAGCAGCCAUUGGCCUUCUUGCCCACCUGGGCAUGCACUGUGGAGUUGCAGGCCCAGGCCCUUUCCUGCUGGGCUCUUCCCAGCCACUCCUCCCCAGCCUGGAGCUGCUGGGGGUUGUGACCCAGGGGCAGUAGCCAGCACUUAAUAUCUUGUUCAGCCUCAAGGAUAUGAAACAGGACUGGCUCUGACACUGGGCCCUGGGGCACAGCACCCGUGACCUGCUGCCAGCUGGAUUAAUUCCACCACUACUCUCUGGGCCCAGCCAUCCAGGCAGUUUAUUCCCAGCAAACAGGGAACCUGUUAAAUCCAUGGGCUGCAAGGACAAUGCUCUCCAGGAGAGCGCUGUGGGAGCAGUGAUCAAGGCUUUACUGAAGGCCCAGGUACACAACCUCCACAGCCUUUCCCCAUCCAUUGGGUAUUCAUAGAAAGAGGUUGGGUCAGUCUAGUAGGAUGUGCUUGAACUCCUGCUGGCUAGGCCUGAUGCCCCAGUAGUGCAGCACACAUCAUGUCAUUGUACUUUAGGUAAUCUGUUCCAUACCCUUCCCUGCCACCGAGGUCAGGCUGACGGGCCUCUGGUUCUCCCAGUUGUCCUUCCAAGCCUUCUCAUAGAGGGGUGUCACCCUGACCAACCUCCUGUCAGCCAGGAGCUCUCUAGUUCACCAGGACUGCUGACAAACGAUGGAGAAUGGAGCUUUGUGGGCUCCUUCACCAGCUUCCAGCAGAAGGAUGGCAUCUCCAUAGACUUGUGCAUGUCUGGGCAGCACAGCAGCUCACUUACAACUUCCUCCUGCAGUGUGGGGACUUUGUUCUGCUCCCUGUUUCUGUCUUGUAGCUCAGGGGUCUGGAUGUGCAGAGGGUAACUGGGCUUUUGGUUAAAGGCUGAGGUCAAGAAGGCAUUGUGUACCUCAGCCUUUUUCCUCAUCCCUGGAGGUUGUG